AUGGCUGUCACCUCUCAAUCUCCGGCUUCAACCGUGCGACUCGGACACGAAACCUGGCACGCCCAUGCAGUAGCAUUUCUGAAUCUACCAGCGACCAAAGCGUCGUCUAGUACGGGAGAAGAACAACAACUAGCAAUGGACUCGUCCUGUGCCACUCGACGGACGCAGCGUCAAUUGCCUGCAUUGACACCAGCUUCCUUCCGGUCGAGCUCGCCUGCUGCUGCACCACACAAGCUCGAGCAGCUUCGUAAUCGCCCUCGACCUCAACCUACUGACAAUAGCAAUAGCUCGAGUCGAUCACGAGCUCUACCGUCGCCUUCAAUUGCUCACGUUUUCUUCAAUCGACGGCCGCUGGACUUGAUCCGGCGCACGACGAGCUCGGUGCUGACAUUGGAAGGGAGCGAUCGCUCAGCUCUUGCGAAAGUCAGCGCAACGGCAGGUCUCUCAGGGGACGAGCGACUGCAUCGACCUUCUUGUGGUCUCCACAAUAGUGACAAGCAGCACAGUCGAUCACGACUGCAGCAGCUCAAGGACAGGAGCAAGACCAAAGAGGAGGCGCGACCUUAUUCCCAGCGAAGGCUGCAGCUUGCAGGAGCGGUGAAAGAUGCAGAAACAGAGCCGAGGAAGCUGGAAGGCCGUUUGCAGGACGUCGCGGAGACCAGGAAGCUAUUGGCGAGAUGUCCUUUGACUGGGAAGGAAGUGGCUGGAAGGGAGAUGGCGAAAGCUGCUGAGCUGACGGGACUCGAGCGCGUGGAGAUCCAGCAGUAUGACGAGGUCUACUUCGUAUCGACACUUGCGGUCAAGCGAGCUCGUUGCAAUGGACGUAUCCGGAAUAUAAUGCCAGUCCAUGGCGAUGAGCCACUGGAAGUGGAAGCUGAAGACCCGAACGAGGUGCCCACGCAGUUGCACAAUGAUGGCUACGAUGACAAGGAUGGAGAUUAUCUCGUCUUGAUUGGAGACCACUUGGCAUUUCGAUAUGAAGUGCUGAGUGCUUUAGGCCAAGGAGCAUUUGGCCAGGUUGUUCGUUGUGUGGAUCACCGCACGCGCAAACAAGUUGCAGUGAAGAUUGUCCGCAAUCGACGAGCGUAUCGUGACCAGGCACUGAUGGAGGUGCAGGUUCUAGCUCAGCUCCAGCGUGGAGCAGCAGCUUGUCCUGAGUAUCCGCAUGUUGUCUGCAUGGAAGACCACUUUGAGUUUCGAGACCACGUGUGCAUCGUCUUUGAGGAGCUCGGCAUGACCCUGUACCAUUAUUUAUCGAUCCGAUCCUUUCGCGGGGUUUCCAUGGACAGCGUCCGCACGGUGGGUGAGCAACUGGCACGAGCACUGACGUUCUUAAAGCAAGAGAAGGUGGUUCACUGCGACUUGAAGCCGGAGAACAUCUUGCUCGAUGCGUCAGUGCUGGCGAACGCUGCACGCUGUACGGAUACUUUGGACAAGGUGACGCUCAUUGAUUUCGGCAGCAGUUGUCUGGAUGGAUCUCCCGUAGCCACGUACAUCCAGAGCCGUUUUUAUCGCAGUCCUGAAGUACUGCUCGGCCGCGUUUGCUCGGAAGCCAUCGAUAUGUGGAGUUUGGCGUGCAUCCUGGUGGAACUACUGACAGGUCACCCAAUUUUUGCUGGUGAGAAUGAGCGCGAGCAAUUCGAUUGCAUCGUGGAGGUGCUCGGUGUCCCUCCGGUUGACAUGGUCCUCCAGGCAAAGCGACGUCUGAACUUUUUCGAUGAAGUCGCAAACCCUGCGGAUGUUGAGUCUGCAGCGUGCGUGCUGAAGCCAUUUGUUAACUCACGCGGACGUCGACGCAUACCUGGUUCUCGAAGUUUGGCUAGUGUGGUAAUGACCGAUGACUCGGAGUUCUUGCUCUUUUUGGCCAAGUGCUUCGUCUGGGACCCCAGUCAGCGCCUUACUGCAGAGCAAGCGCUGGAAGAGCCAUGGAUGCAACGCCGGCAUUGUAGAACUUAA